AUGCUAAUAUUUAUCUAUUUGAGUGUUAAUAUCUGUCUAUCUAUCUGUCUGUCUAUCUAUCUAUCUAUCUAUCUAUCUAUCUAUUUGAAAGUUAAUAUCUAUCUAUCUAUCUAUCUAUCUAUCUAUCUAUCUAAAACAUUCGGUUCUGUUAAUAUCUAUCUAUCUAUCUAUCUAUCUAUCUAUCUAUCUAUCUAUCUAUCUAUCUAUCUAUCUAAAACAUUCGGUUCGUAUCUAUCUAUUUAUUUGAGUGUUACUAUGUAUCUGAGUGCUAAUAUCUAUCUAUCUAUCUAUCUAUCUAUCUAUCUAUCUAUCUAUCUAUCUAUCUAUCUAUGUACCCCCUCCCUUUCCCUGCUUUUUGCUUCCUUCCAAUUUUUCACUCUGGUCCCUCCCAUUUAUUUUCCGACCCAAGACUCCCUCGAUCUUACCGGGUCUCUUCUCUUUCCAACAGCUAUCUUCAUCUGCUUCAGUUUUCUUAGCAGACUCCAACCCCAUCCACAACCUCACCCCCCAUACGCUGUCCAGUCACUACCCCCCACCUCUACUCCAUUCUGUUGCUUUCGUGCCGAUCGCUCGAGUGUUCUAUACAAGUAA